AUGAUGAAAGCGCAGCGUUUCCCCCCCUUCAUAUCGCGUUUCUUCUUUUCGUUAAAACAGAUUCCGUUCCAUUAUGCGCUCUCCGACGUUUCACGGCGAAAAUUUCCCGAGCUGAAGGCCGAGGCGAGGCCACAGGCGGAGCAGGCAGCGCCGGCGCCGGCGCCGGCGGCUCGAUGGGGCAUAAAUCCUCACGGUUUCUUCCCUCAACUGCCUCACUCUCCCCCGCUUCCGCCGCCACCCCGCAAUACAACCCCUUCCCCGCCCCUCCCACUGUCGAGAUACCUAAAUCCACGGCAGCUUUAGCCUUCCCACAAUCACUUCUAGAAUUCCUCACGAGCUCUCUCCGAUGGAUUCUACCACCCCGGGUACCUGAUCCCGCCCUCGUGACCUCUCCAGCUCCGAUCUGGCCGCUUCCACGGCCUCGGCGGAUUUCAUCGGAUCGAGGCUGCUCGGUUCCUCUUUUUCGACCCUACGUCGCCUCGGUGCCCUGGCAUGGUGGUGUGCGGGGGUUCCUCUCGCAGCUGUUCCCUCGGUACGGCCACUACUGCGGCCCCAACUGGUCCAGCGGCAAGGACGGCGGUUCUAUGCUGUGGGAUCAACGCCCCAUCGAUUGGAUCGACUUCUGCUGCUAUUGUCAUGAUAUCGGCUACGACACGUACGAUCAGGCAAAAUUGCUGAAGGCGGACCUCGCCUUCCUGGAAUGCCUGGAGCAGCCGAGGAUGGCUUCGAAAGGUGGUGGUGCUCCAGCAGCAAUUAUCUACCGAUCUAUGUGCAUUGCAGGGCUGAGGACUGUAUUGAUACCUUAUAGGAUGCACCUAGUUAGACUGCAAUCUGGACCAUCAUUCAUGGAUGUGUUCAACAACUUCAUAAGUAAAUGGAGUUCGUCUGUCAAUAAUGAGGCUACAAAGCCGGACAGGAAUGUUGUGAAACCCAAAGGGAUAUUUUGAUGCUGUGAACCAUCUUGCUCAUUUGUUUUCUCAUUUGUGCAGUUGUAGCGACUGAAUACGUGCUUAUAUGUAUUGUGAAUUCAGUUGACAUAUUGAUGCUACAUGCUUCAGUAGUCUAGCC